AUGGCAGCUGAAGGCAAAGACUACACCACCAAAUAUGGUGGACGCGAACUUGACGGGAUCUUCCGAAUGAACUGGAUGCUGAAACCGAAAACAGCUGUGGGGUGCAAAGUCAAGCCAUCGGCCCUUGAAGCUGGAACGGAUUUUUCCUUCAAACACGUCCCAAAAUGGCGAUUGAAUGCCCGCAUUGGAGAAGCACUUACUCUGUUCGGAAUUGUAUGGCCCGUCUCCUACCACAUACUUACUGUGUUUCCCGAUCACCAGGAUGGCGACGAAAAUGGUGCAGAUAUGUUCGGCGGAGUAAUUGCCCUAGGCAUUAUCGUCAUCGACCUGGCACGGCGAACUACAGGACCACAUGUUUCCGACAUCGCCCUGGCCCUCUACAAGCAAUACUUCCCAAUCGAAAGCCUGAAGCGGAUUCUGUUCUGCGAUGUCCGAAACGAAGAAACAGUCCACUUGGUUGAACAAAUCUACGAGGAACAUGGAGGACAGAUGGCAGAGGGAAUAAUGAAGUGGCCGCAGCCUCAGUCGGAGUACCUGGCAUUGCUAACUACCCCUGUGGGCAAGAUCGCCGAGAGUGUUGUCCUUGGAGCAUGGCCACGCGGAGCGCGUUACCUCUCCGAUGUCCGUACCGACUGUACCAUGUUGGGAACGCCUGGCAAGAACAACAGACUGAUACAUAUGUUGUUCGAAAUCUCCGAUGUGCCUUUUGAGCUGCCCUCACUAUCCUUGGAGGUCACAGAGGCCCUCCUUGGAGAGGCUACCUUCGGCCGUGACGUGGGCCAAUCUUCUUUGAAGAAGCGAAAAGCGGAGGAAGAUCCCGUUCAGAGUCCGGGCCAGGAAGUUCGUACUGAAAGCCUCAAGAUAUUCAAAUCGGAGCCAGUGGAUCCUGAGACUGGGGAACCGUUCAGCGAGCCAAACAAGAAGCUGGCUAGGCAGCCGACUCAGCCAUUGCCACGAGGACCACCUCCAAAUACAAAAUGGACUCAACGUAAUUUGCGAGCAUACAGACACUGGCAACGAUCACUGAAAAAAGCGAGAGAAAUGGGAUUGAAAUAA